AUGGAUAAGCUUAUCAAAUUAGAAGCUGUGAAAGGAGUACCUAAGAUCAUAAUAGAACUGGAGAGAGUUUAUGGUGCAUAUGCUAUUGGAAAACAAAUUAGAACUCCGCACAAAGCCAUAAGAGUUAUCACUACUGAGAAAUGUCUAGAGCUUGUUCACAUAGACCUCAUUGGGCCAACACAGGCUGAAAGCAUUAGUGGAAAGAAAUACAUAUUUGUGUGUAUAGAUGAUUUCUCUCAAUACAGCUGGGUGUACUUCCUAAGAGAAAAAUCUGAAGCCUUCAAGGCUUUUAAAACCUUUCGUGCCUACAGAGUCUACAACAAGAGAACUCAAUCUGUAAUAGAAUCAGUAAAUGUUGUUAUAGACGACAGUCCAGACGAAUCAGUGGAAACAAUAGUGACUGAUCUAGUGACUGAGCUUCCUCUCGGUGAACUGAAUACUGCAGAUAAUAACAGUCAGCCCAAAUCACAAGAAUCCUUAGAUGAAGAUCAAGAAAGUUCUGAACAGGAGACAACUCUUAUAAAUGAUACAGGAACGAUUAAAUAUGGACUAUGGUACUCCAAGGACAGUGAACUGAGUCUGGUUGCAUACUCUGAUGCUGACUGGGCAGGAAAUAUUGAUGGCCGCAAGAGUACAUCUGGUGGAUGCUUCUUUGUUGGUAAGAACUUGGUAUCGUCGCUGAUUAAGAAACAAAAUUUAAUUUCCUUAAGUACUGCAGAAGCAGAGUACAUAGCUGCUGGUGGAUGUUGUACUCAGUUAAUGUGGAUGAAACAGAUGCUUUUAGAUUAUGGGCUUACUCAAGGAAUUAUGACACUCUACUGUGAUAAUGUCAGUGCAAUCAAUAUCUCAAAGAAUCCAGUUCAACACUCCAGAAUGAAGCAUAUUGAUACAAGGCAUUACUACAUCAGAGACUUGGUAAAAUCGAAGGAGAUUGAGUUGGAAUAUAUUCAUACAGAUAAACAAUUGGCUGAUAUUCUGGCUAAACCUCUAGAUUCAAUUCAAUUUGAGAUUCUCAGAUCUGCUCUGGGAAUCUGCAGGAUUGACUAA